CUUACACUCAGCCCUCCCUCCGGCCAUUGCGCCAUAACCCAAUUGAGUUUUAUAAUUUUUCUUGGGAACAAAGGGAAGAGGGAGAGAGGUCAAACACUGCAAGUAAUUGAAGAACAAAAGAAGAGGGUUUCAUGGAGGCUCAACCUUUGGCAACCACAGCUGAUGCAGUUCAAUCAGCUGGAGAAGAUGAAGAACAUGCUCCCAAACAUAAGGUUCCCUUAAUGGCUGACUUGGAGAAGCCUUCCAUGGAGCCUCUUUCACUCGCAUCUGCCUCUUCAACUUGGAAGGAAGAGGAUCAUGAGCAUGAACAAAGACUAAAAAUGGCGAAAGGUGAAAUGAGGGAAGUGAAGGAAGAAAACCAGCGGCUAAAAAGGUGUUUAGAUGAAAUGAUGAGGGAUUACGAGAGCCUGAAAAGGCAAUUCCAUGAUAUGAGUACCAUAAACAACGAGGCAGCUGAAGAAGUUGAGGACAUGGUUUCACUCACAUUGGGAAGAUCCUCAACCGACCAAAACAAGAACACUUGCCCUGAAACAAAGCCAGAUCUUCAAAACAUUCAAAGUCCGGCCGACAGUGAACAAGGCAAGGAGGAAGAUGCCGGACAGACUUGGCCGCCGGGUAAAGUGUUGAAGGGGUUGGCUGCGCCGCCGGCCGGAGAAGAUGAAGUUUCUCAGCAGAAUCCUCCGAAGAAGACCAGGGUUUGUGUGCGGGCUCGGUGUGAUACGCCAACGCUGAACGAUGGGUGUCAUUGGAGAAAAUAUGGGCAGAAGAUUGCUAAAGGAAAUCCUUGCCCUCGAGCUUACUAUCGCUGCACCGGUGCACCCUCUUGCCCGGUUAGGAAGCAGGUGCAAAGGAGUGUUGAUGAUAUUUCAAUACUAAUCACCACCUAUGAAGGAACUCACAACCAUCCUCUACCUGUGUCAGCCAUGGCCAUGGCUUCGACCACGUCGGCCGCCGCCUCAAUGCUCCUCUCGGGUGCUUCCACCUCGACCUCUCGGCCAGGACUAAACCCUUCGGCGAUCGGGACAGCGUCUGCAAAUCUCCAUGGAAUGAACAUGUACACAAAUUCAAAGCAAUUCUACUUGUCAAACUCUUCAAUGCUAUCUUCUUCUCUAAACCAUCCCACAAUCACCUUAGACCUCACUUCAAAUCCUCCCUCAGCUUCUUCUUCUUCUUCUUCUUCUUCUUUCCACAAAAUCCCUUCAACUUAUCCCCCAAAAUAUCCCUUCACCAGCCUUGAUUUUGGGUCUUGGAAUACUAAUAUCAACAAAAAUGUAUUAGGAAUGUCAUCAGAUCUUGCUAAGCAAUUCCCUCCCCAUAGUAACAUCUACCAAGCUUGCCUUCAACAAUUUGCCAAACCUUCUACUCCUCCGCCCCUGCCUCUACCGGACACGAUAGCAGCAGCAACCAAGGCAAUUACGUCCGACCCGAGUUUCCAAUCAGCAUUGGCGGCUGCCCUCAGCUCGAUCAUCGGCGGCGGAAACGGGGGCGAGGCAGUUCAGGCAAUGAGUAGCUAUGUCCAAGCAGCACAGGGACAAGGAAGUAUGGGGUUUCAGGCAGCUCCAUCGUUGACAUACUCCACAUCUAAGAGUCCUUCAUCUCCUGGUGACAGUAGAGACGAUGAUACCAAGUGAAAAUGUGUGGACGAUGAAUAUUUUGAACACUUUCUGAGAGUUGUAAAUAACUCAUCUUCUUUUGAGGAAAACAACACUUUUAGCCAUUGGUUUUGUCAAGAAAUGUUCAUAUAUAGACAAUUUUUGUUAUGAGAAUUCAUCAUUAAUUUUAGUUUGUUAUCUUUUUUA